AACCACCCGUGUAGAACACUGGCAACAACGCCGCGAGUCACUCUAUCAACAUCAGCUCGAAGAUGUUGUAAUGAAGUUUUAUUUCCUGGGAGCACUUCCAUCGCGCUUUUUUAUGUCUGCAGCAAGAAAAAUCUGACAAAAUGGUGGAGGCAAUUGUGGAGUUCAACUACAAAGCCGAUCAGCCGGACGAACUGACCCUGACCAAGGGUGACAUCAUCCAGGGCAUCGUGCAGCAAGAAGGCGGCUGGUGGACGGGUAUGCUGAACGGACGCAAAGGGGUGUUCCCCGACAACUUCGUCAGGGUGCUCGAGAAGAAGGACCGCAGAAGGUGCGUGGUGCUGUUCAGCUACGCACCGGUCAAUUCGGACGAGCUCGAGCUUCAGGUCGACCAGGAACUCGAAAUUAUCGAUGAAAUCGAGGAAGGCUGGUGGAAAGGAAAACUCGGCGAUAAGGUUGGAGUGUUUCCCUCCAACUUCGUAAAAGUUCUUCCCGAGGCGAAGAAAAAUGACAUUCCAUUGAAAGCAGAGGCUAAGCAGGAGAAGCGGUUGUCGCCCAAGCCUGUUCAGAAAGCCAUGAGUAAAUCCGCUGAGGAUGCUCGUCUAAGCUCAAAAUCCAAGAUGCCGGAACCAACUGAAGUAUCCAGUUUGCCCUCAGAGCGCGAGCUGUGCCGAGUCACGUUUGGCUACAAUGCUGUGAACAACGACGAACUAACGCUUCAGGUAGGCGAAAUCGUGACCAUCCUGAACAAAGACACUCAGGAGAAGGGCUGGUGGAAAGGCGAGGUGAACGGAAAGGUCGGGGUCUUCCCCGACAACUUCGUCGAAAUCAUCAAGACGGAUUCUGCGCCCUCUUUGCGAAAGAAGAAUAGUGAGAGCAAAAAGAAAAUUCCUGAUCCAGUCGUGGAAGACAAGUCAAGCGCGGCGUCAAAAACGCCGCCACUGCUGCCGAAGAAGCCGAAAGCGCCGCCGCCGCAGGAGGUCGAGUUGAAAAAGAUGAGGCCCGCACCCGAACCCAAAAUGAACAUUCCUGACAUGAAACCGAGCAUUCCCCCGUCUGCUGCGCUGGACGCCAAGUCGAAAAUCCUCGCCCCUCCGCUGGACCCUAAGUCAACGCCUCCAGCAGCGUCCGAAACCAAGAGCGGCCAGCACAACGAGUUUGAUAGCGUGCAGCGCAACGAUAUGCUGGUGCAGCCCGAGCGGCCCAAGGCGCCCAGACGCCGGCCCCCGUCGACGGUGCUCAAGCAGAAUGGACACGCGGAUGGAAACGAGGAGGAAGCUGUUGAUAAUGGCGUAGUAGAGGAUAUCAAGGUUUCCAUCGAAAUGAAGCCAAGGGAGCAGAAGAGUGAGGAGCCGGCGCUGCGCGAACCGCAGAAAAUGGAGAUGAAGAAGUCGCCGUUCAUGGAGGAGCUCAAAGGUGCAUUUAACCAGACAAAGAAAGACAAACCACCUCCCGCAAAACCGCGUCCCGUGUCAUUCGGCUUGUCGAUCACGGCGCCGAUGACCAGUCCCCGCAAGUCGCCGACGACGGACGAACUGAAGGCGCAAGUGAAGCCCAUGCCAGAGAAGCGGCCGCCAAGCGUCGACCCGACUGCCAAGCCGGAAAUGCCCAAGCCAGAGCCCCCCAAAUUCGAAAUGCCCAAGCCAGAGCCCCCCAAAGUCGAGAUGCCCAAGCCUGAUAUCGUGAAGCUGCCGCCGCCGAAACCAGAGGAUCCCAAAAAAGUGAGCUUUAAGUGUCACAUUGAAAUGCAUCAGCCAUUGACGUUGGAAGAGCGAGUCAAAGAGCUGGAGGAGACUGUUAAAAAGCUGGCUUCCGCUUUGCGCGAUGAAACGAGAUACCGACUGAGGCUAGAAGAAGAGGUUGAACGACUGUCAAAUCGAGUGGUGCAAAUCUAAGUAAAGUUAAUAUUGCCUUUUAAUUUUUUAUGACUAAACCGUGAAUUUGCUAUACAUUGCAUUUUAAAAAGUUUGUAACAAUGAAUGAAAGAUGCCGAUCUCCCAAAUAUGGCUUGAUACUUGGAAGGCUGUACAUAUACAGAGUGUGUCAUGUAAUCAUAUUUUUAAUUGCACAUUCCAAUUAAAUCAGUAUUUGAAAUAAACAAUAAUAGAAAGCAA